CCUGCGUGUUGCCGUCCCCGUUGCGCGAGGACCAUGUUGAUGAAGGAGUACCGCAUCUGCAUGCCUCUCUCCGUGGAGGAGUACCAGAUUGGCCAGCUGUACAUGAUCAGUAAGCACAGUCAUGAGCAAAGUGAACGUGGGGAGGGGGUGGAGGUGGUCCAGAACGAGCCCUAUGAGGACCCUGAGCACGGAUCAGGCCAGUUCACCGAGAAACGAAUCUACCUCAACAACAAGCUGCCCAGCUGGGCCAGAGCAGUGGUCCCUAAAAUAUUCUAUGUCACAGAGAAGGCGUGGAACUAUUACCCCUACACUAUCACAGAGUACACAUGCUCCUUCCUGCCCAAGUUUUCCAUCUACAUAGAGACCAAAUACGAGGACAACAAAGGGAGCAAUGAUAGUAUCUUUUGCAGCGAGUCCAAAGAAGAGGAAACAGAGGUGUGUUUCGUGGACAUUGUCUAUGAUGAGAUCCCCGAGCGCCACUACAAGGAGUCCGAGGACCUGCAGUACUUCAAGUCGAAGAAGACUAACCGAGGCCUCCUGCAGGAAGGGUGGAUCAACAACCAGGAACCCAUCAUGUGCUCCUACAAACUGGUCACAGUCAAGUUUGAUGUCUGGGGCCUGCAAACACGUGUGGAGCAGUUUGUACACAAGGUGAUUCGAGAUGUCCUGCUUUUGGGACACAGGCAGGCCUUUGCCUGGGUGGAUGAGUGGAUUGACAUGACCAUGGAGGAAGUCAGAGAGUACGAGCGUGCCACACAGGAAGCCACCAACCUGAAGAUCGGCACCUUCCCCCCCGCCAUCUCCAUCUCAGAGACCCCCCUGCCAUCCAGCGCCCGCAGCGGCCCCAGCAGCGCCCCGACCACGCCCCUCUCCACCGAAGCCCCAGAGUUCCUGUCGGUGCCGAAGGAGCGCCCCAGGAAGAAGUCCGCUCCGGAGACCUUGACCCUGCCGGAUCUGGGCCGGAGGGAUUCGCUCUUCAAGCUGCCCAACUUCUUCUCCUGGAACUCCAGUCCGCAGCCGGAAUGAGAGCAAGGCUGCGCCGCUGGUGAACGCCUUCGACCUGUGGAUCAGUGGAGGAUGCCUGCCCAGCUCAUCCCACAAUGCCCCCUCAGCCAGCUGAAGUGAAGGAGACUUUUCACUGUCCUGGUGAUCCAAGCCCCCUCAGCAGACUCGCCGGUGUUCAGACAGGCGGCCCGAUCUCCAAAGCAAAAAGUCCAGUGAGGUGUAACGGUACAGUGCGUCCUAUUGAGAGUCUAACAACAGCAGCUGGAGGCUCCUUAUUCUUCUUUCACACCGACCGCAUCAUGCAUCAGACACUAUUAGUCAGAUUGAGUGUAGGGUACAUUCCUGAAAAUGUUUUCAUCCCACAGAUUCUCACCUUGUUUUUCUGUGUUGACGAGGUGUGUUGAGAUGCACAUAAUCUUUACAUGUACAGAAUUUGUUUCCGCUUCAGGCAUCGGAGUCUCUGGCUUUGUUAACUGGACCUAAUGGUUUGACGUGUCUAUUUAUGUGGCAAGGACUUCACGGCAGUCUCGGUGGCCACCGUAUCAGUUGAGUAUUCUGGUUUUCACAGUCGGGUGUACGGUGAUUGUGUAUUCUUGUAUAUAUUGUAUGAUCUAAAGUGGAAUUGAAUUGGAGUUAUUUCAAAAAAGGUAAUAUAUCCAGUGAUGAUGCUGCUAUGAAAUUGUAUUUCUUCUCUGAGUGUUUAUUCUAGUGAGUUCUGUCAGCUACAGCGUCUGUAAAUGACUUGUGUAAUUGCAUGAUUUUAACUGCAGAGGCUGAAUAUGAAACGUUCUCUGUUCUCUUUAUUGGUCUCACACUUGAUGUCGUGUUUUUGCAGACCGGUCAUGUGGUGUGCAUGUUGUUUUGCUUAUUUAUACGUUUCAACUGUAUUCAUAUUUUUUGUCAU